GAUAGAGCAGAAUCACUCAACUUGUUCACUUUCUGAAUUAUGGUAAUGGCAUUGAAGAUGUUUCCGCUGCUCUGCGUUCUGUCUCUUUUUGCUACCUCGUCUAUUAUCACCAUCACUCAUUCCAAGACUGUUCCACCCAUUCUUGACGUUACUAAUUUCAACCGAACCAGUUUCCCGCAUGGCUUUGUUUUCGGGACAGCGUCAGCUGCAUACCAGUAUGAAGGUGCUGCAAGGGAAGGUGGAAAAGGACCGAGUAUAUGGGAUACUUUCACUCAUAAAUACCCAGAAAAAAUAAAAGACCACAGUAAUGCAGAUGUAACGGUAGACGAAUAUCAUCGGUAUAAGGAGGAUAUUGGAAUCAUGAAGUACAUGAAUUUGGAUGCUUAUAGAUUCUCCAUUGCUUGGUCUAGGGUACUACCAAAAGGAAAGCUUAGUGCAGGUGUAAACAAAGAAGGAAUAAACUACUACAACAACCUCAUCAAUGAGCUACUGGCUAAUGGUCUGCAACCAUAUGUGACCCUUUUUCAUUGGGACGUUCCCCAAGCCUUAGAGGAUGAGUAUGGUGGUCUUUUAAGCCCUCACAUUGUAGAUGAUUUUAGGGACUAUGCUGAACUUUGCUUCAAGGAAUUUGGUGAUAGGGUGAAACAUUGGAUUACUUUGAACGAACCGAGCACUGUAAGCAUGAAUGGCUAUGCAGUGGGAAGCCAUGCACCAGGUCGGUGUUCUGAUUGGUUAAAAAUGAAUUGCACAGGUGGUGAUUCAGGAACUGAGCCUUAUUUGAGUUCACACUAUCAACUUCUUUCUCAUGCUGCUGCUGCCAAUCUGUAUAAGACCAAGUAUCAGACAUCUCAAAAAGGUAUAAUAGGGAUUACCUUGAAUACUGACUGGUUUUUGCCGGCCUCAGAAAAGAUAACAGAUCGAGACGCUGCGCGUCGAGCCCUUGACUUCAGGUUUGGAUGGUAUAUGGAUCCAAUCACCUUUGGUGACUAUCCAAAAAGCAUGCGAUCUUUGGUGGGAAACCGGCUACCAAAGUUCUCCAAAGAAGAAACCAGGCAACUUAAGGGGUCAUUUGAUUUUCUGGGCCUAAACCAUUACGCAACCGUUUAUGCUGGCCAUGCGCCUCACCUACGUGGUCCCAGACCAACCCUACUAACUGAUCCUCUAAUUUAUGUUACAAAUCAGCGUGACGGCAGGGUCCUUUGUCCAUACGCUGCUUCUAACUGGUUAUGCGUUUAUCCACGAGGACUCCGACAACUGCUGCUUUACAUCAAGAAGCAAUACAACAGCCCCGUAAUUUACAUUACUGAAAGUGGUUAUGAUGAGCUCAACGAUCCAACACUAUCACUUGAAGAAAGCAUGAUAGAUACUUACAGAGUUGAUUACUUUUAUCGUUAUCUUUAUUAUCUUCAAAUGGCAAUCAGGGAUGGUGUAAAUGUCAAGGGAUACUUUGUAUGGUCAUUGCUGGAUAACAUGGAGUGGAGUGCUGGCUAUACUGUGCGAUUUGGAUUGGUCUUUGUGGAUUACAAAGAUGGCUUGAAAAGAUACCUCAAACUCUCGGCACAAUGGUUCAAGAAUUUUCUCAACAAAUCUUAGUAGUUACACAUAUAUGUUCAGCAUGGUUCCAAGUAAAAUAAGAUAUGAAGUUGAUGUUUUAAAAUAAAGUGAUUGUUUGAACAUAUCCAGUGGAUUCAAGUUCAAAUCUUGAGUAAGUGGGUGCCUUAAAUAUUCAAAAGAGUUUUAUCAUCUAAAAUGAUUCUAUCUAACUCAGUAAAAUUAUGUCUAGAGAAGUAAAGGAAAUUUUGGAUUUUUUUU